AUGUCGGAGGAGCCUUUCAAUAUCUGGGGAACUUGGCAUUCGACAUUAAAAAGUGGAUCCAAAGACCCAGGAAUGACAGGUUCCUAUGGCGACAUUUUUGAAAGCAGCUCCCUAAGGCCGGGGCCCUGCUCCCUUUCCCAAGGGAACUUGUCCCCGCACUCGCCUCGGUGGCAGCGGAACCUCGCAGAGCUGGACGGCGGCGCGCAGGCCCCUCGGAGGACACAGACGGCGACGGAGCGCGGGGCGCACGCGCCCGUGUCGCGCGUCGGCUGCACGCCCCACGGCCAGGGCGUCGCCAGCACCGGGCGACCGGCGGCCGGGCCACCCUUGUGGAGGCUCCAGCGGCCCAAAGAAGGCACGGGGACAGCUUCGGAAGAGGGAAGCCAGACGGGCGGGCGAGAUCGGGAGGCCUCGGCCAAAAGACUGAGCAGCACCUACUCCCUGGCCGCCAGCGAGCGCGACAGUCACGGCCUGGGGGGCGCCAGCUGGCUGGACUGGCAGAGGGAGCGGUGGCAGAUCUGGGAGCUCCUGUCUGCCGACAACCCCGACGCCCUCCCGGAGACGCUGGUGUGAGCCCCGAGCGCGGCCUCCUCGUCCCAGAGGGGAACACGUUGGUGUUGGACAAUCGGGCACUUUCUCACUUUUCCCCCUUUUACACUUCAAAAGCAACACGAGACAAACCCCGUUCACUUACAGACGUAGAGCACUCGGCCCUGGCCACUUAGAGUAAGGUCCUGUUGCGUAGCCAGCCUUAGCAAAAACAGAAACACACACAAAAACCAUGACCACGUCCAAUGUAAAAACUACCCACACUGGCCCUGUAUAAGAGCAAACGCUUGUUUGGGGAUAGCUUCAUUGUAUUUAUGUGUCUUCAAUUUUGAUAUUGUAUAUUCUGUAACAGAUCAUGUAUGAUAAUCGCAUAGGAUGUAUUCACAGAGCGAAAACAGAAGGAACUUAAAAAAAAAAAAUCACUGCACUUAUAUUAAGCCGUGAGUUAGACUAAGCAAUGAGAUUCUAUAGAAUGAUCUAGAAUAUGCACAAGCGGGUUUCUGUGCUUUUGCCAUAGCUUUUUAACGGAGGACAGCCCUUCCUUUCAAUGCCUAAGAAAGACACUAACAAAACAAGAGAGAAUAUGAGAAGCCAUAUUUUUAUAUAGUAGGGAGAUACAAAAACUAUAGUCACUGAAUGCUUUUUCAUAUUGAGUAAGUUUUAAGGAAAAUAUUAAAUUUGAUAUGUUAUGAGAUAUAUUUUUAGAACCUGGUUAGAAAGGAUUCAGUUAAACAAGAAAAAGGCCGUGCCUAACAAAGAGUAAUUAAGUGGUCCAUCCCAUUUUAGGUCAAAUUCAAUUUUAUAUAGACCAUAUAUAAUAUAUAUUUAUAAUGUAUAAUUUUAUGUAUUUUUCAGAACUACAAACUGGAAUCCAACUAUAAAGUGUUUAAGAAUCUAAAUAGAGUAUUCAAAUUAUAGAAGAACAUGGUUUUUCCUUUGCCCUGGAAUCAGUAUUAACCAAAUUGCAUGCAAUUCUUUGUAAAUGAAAUAUUUGGGGGGGGGGGGAAACUACACCUUUGUACUUACAUUGUGUCAAAGGCUGAGGAAAAGUUUUCUUCGGUAAUUUUAUGUGUAUUGUAAAAUGUCCCCACCUUCAGCAGUAGUAACUUUGAAGUUUUUCAACUGCAAAACCAUUUUUGACCAGCAGGUGGCAAUUUGCUUCAGUAUUUUAUGAGUUUUUCACUUCAGAAGGGAAAGUGUAUUAUAGAAAAAGAAUUUUUUUAUAAAACAUGUUACUCUUAAUUUUCAUGUUGGCGAUGAGAUUUUCAGUGGUGUUUCUUAAAGUUCUAUCUUGUGCCAUUAUGAAUAAAAGUUAAGCAAAGGC